AUGGCGGUGGAGCGGGGGUCCAUCCAGGUGCUCCUGCAGGCCGCCGAAUAUUUGGACCGGCGGGAGCGAGAGGCCGACCACGGCUACGCCUCCCCCGGCCCGGCCCCCGGCCCGCACACCCGCAGACCCAAGGCGCACAGGGCCCUGGACGGCCUCAGGUCUGUGCACAACGAGCUGGAGAAGCACAGGAGGGCCCAGCUGCGGCAGUGCUUGGAGCAGCUGAAGCAGCAGGUCCCCGUGAGCGCGGACUGUGCCCGCUCUACCACGCUUAGCCUCCUGCACCGCGCCCGGCUCCACAUCAAGAAGCUGGAGGAGCAGGAGCGGGGAGCGCGCUGCCUGAAGGCCCAGCUCCGCUCGGAACGGCGGAGCCUGCAGCAGCGACUCGAGCAGCUCCGCGGCCCGGCCGAGCGACUGCGGGUGGACAGCCUCGACUCCUCCGGCCUCUCCUCCGAGCGCUCCGACUCCGACCGAGAGGACCUGGAGGUGGACGUGGAGAGCGUUGUGUUCGGCGGAGACGAGGACCUGCUAAGUAGCGGCUUCAGCGCCCGGAGGGAGCACAGCUAUUCCAACCGGGGCGCCUCCUGGUUAUGACCGGCGGGGAGCCACAAGCGCGCGCGUGUGUGUAUGUAUGUGAGUGUACGUGUGUUGGGGGGGGCGGGUCACCCCAGUUCUGCCCCCCCGGGCUUUGGGCUGCAGAGCAAGAGGGCCCCCGGCCGGCCUGCUGUCCUCUCUGCCCGGCUGAGGGCCAGACUGAGGCGGAAGCAGCGGGGCGAGGACUGUUGGCAGCUCCGGCCGGAGCCUCGCCCGCGCUGACCGGCCGCCUCCAGCUGAGCCUUGGGCGGGCGGGGGGCCCGGCCUCCGAGCCAGGCAUCCCGGAACAGCUCGUCUCUCCGUGGCCCACCCACCCCCUGGACUGUGCCCCUCUGGGGCAGGCAAGCACUUGGGAGGCCAGGCGGGUCCCGGGCUGGUCUCCCCACCGCCUCUCUCCCCCUCAUCCUGCAAGCACUUGAGAAGGGAGCCGGGGCGACGGGGCCAGGAAACCCCGGCUCCUGCCCCCGCCCACCUCCCCAGCAAGCAGUAUUUUUC